AUGCGUGAAAUUGUAGUGUUUCAUUUGGGUCAAUGCGGUAAUCGUGUUGCGGAAAGCUUCUGGGAAAACAUCUGCGACGAGCACUGUUUGGACCAAGAAGGGCGUUUUGUGGGCGAUCAUUACUUGCCGCUACAGCGAAUCAAUGUGUACUUUGACGAGUCGCCGUGUUGUAAUUACGUUCCCAGGACAGUAUUCGCAGACCUGGACCAAGGUUCGCUAGAUUACCUUCGCUGCUCCAGCUACGGGCGGCUCUUCUCGCCGGACAGCUUCAUUGGCGGGCAGACUAGUGCUGGAAACAACUGGGCCCGAGGUUACCACACCGAGGGAGCUGAGCUGCUGGAUGUAAUCAUGAAUUCCGCUCGAAGAAUGGUUGAAGGAUGCGAUUGCUUGCAAGGGUUCCAGUUGGUACACUCAAUUGGCGGUGGCACCGGAUCCGGUUUGGGAACGCUUUUGCUCGAGAAUCUUCACGAUCUGUACCCGAGUAAGAUCCGUAACACAUUCAGUGUCAUUCCCUCGCCGAAGGUGUCGGAAGUAGUGGUGGAACCGUACAACUCGGUGUUGGCCCUUAGCUCGAUGAUCCAGUCGAGUGACGAAACGUUUUGCCUCGACAAUGAAGCUCUGUACAACAUCUGCACGAACACCCUCCGUAUGACGAGCCCAGGUCUGGACGAUCUAAACCAUUUAGUGGCAACAGCGAUGGCCGGUAUUACAUGCAGCUUUCGCUAUCCUGGUCAGCUUAACUCCGAUCUGCGCAAGCUACUCACCAACAUGGUCCCGUACCGGAAGCUGCACUUUUUCGUUCCUGGCCUCGCUCCGCUUUGCUCGCGGGAAGCGGAAUGUUAUCGGCAAACGACUGUGCCGGAGCUGGUACACCAACUAUUCGACACCAAGAACCUGAUGGCCGCUUGUAACCCUGCGAGUGGAACUUAUCUGACCGCGGCUGCCAUAUUCAGAGGAAGGUUGUCCACACGAAUCAUUGAGGAGCAGAUGAGUGAAAUGCGCUCCAAGAAUCAGCGAUCGUUCAGCUCGUUCAUACCGAACAAUAUCAAGUGUGCAAUUUGCGACAUACCUCCAAGGGGCCAAAAGAUGUCGGCCACAUUCGUCGCCAACACAACGGCUAUCACGCAGCUGUUCCGGCGCAUUACCAAACAAUUUUCCACCAUGUUCCGUCAGAAGGCGUUUCUUCACUGGUACAUGAGCGAGGGCAUGGAAGAGAGCGAGUUUGUGGAAAUGGAAGGGAAGUUGGCUAGCUUGGUAGAGGAAUACGGUACCUAUGACCUGGCAAGGACACCCAUCUAG